UUAGGGCUCGGCGAGGUAAGAUGGCGGCGCCAGAAGAACAGGAAUUAUCUCAGGCUCAAACUGAAAAACUCCUUCAGUUUCAGGACCUGACGGGCCUAGAGUCAAUGGACCAGUGUCGGCGCACAUUAGAACAACACAAUUGGAACAUUGAGGCUGCAGUACAAGACAGACUAAAUGAGCAAGAAGGAGUUCCCAGUGUCUUCAACCCGCCGCCCGCCAGACCGUUACAGGUCAACACAACAGACCACAGAGUCUAUAGCUAUAUUGUCUCAAGGCCACAGCCUAGAGGCUUAUUAGGUUGGAGUUACUACUUGAUAAUGCUUCCGUUCAGGUUUACGUAUUAUACACUUCUGGACAUAUUCAGGUUUGCCCUGAGAUUCAUUCGGCCAGACCCGAGGGGUCGUGUCACAGAUCCUGUUGGAGAUGUCAUGUCGUUUAUUCAUAGUUUUGAGGAGAAAUAUGGUCGAUCGCAUCCUGUAUUCUACCAGGGAACAUACAGCCAGGCUCUGAAUGAUGCCAAGCGAGAACUUCGCUAUUUGUUAGUUUAUCUUCAUGGAGAAGAUCACCAGGACACUGACGAGUUCUGCCGAUCCACAUUAUGUUCAGAAGAGGCACUGACCUUCAUCAACACGAGGAUGUUGUUCUGGGCAUGUUCCACCAGCAAACCAGAGGGUUACAGAGUCUCUCAGGCCCUGCGUGAAAACACUUAUCCAUUCCUGGCCAUGAUCAUGCUGAAGGACCGGAAGAUGACGGUGGUUGGGAGGCUGGAGGGUUUAAUCCAGCCGGAGGAUCUGAUCAACCAGCUGACCUUCAUCAUGGAGGCAAACCAGACAUAUCUCAUGUCAGAACGACUAGAGAGGGAGGAGAGGAAUCAGACGCAGGUAUUGCGACAGCAGCAGGACGAGGCUUAUGAGGCAUCACUGCGAGCAGAUCAGGAGAAAGACAGAAAGAAAAGAGAAGAACAGGAACAGAAACGGCAAGAGGAGGAGAAAGUACGCCAGACCGUCCUCGCUGAGGAGAGACGACGAAGAACUCUGGAGGAGGAGAAGGAGCGCAGGUCUGAGUGUCUCCCUGCUGAGCCACCUGUAGACGACCCAGACGGAGUCAAAAUAGUGUUCAGACUACCCAACGACACUCGAGUGGAGCGGAGAUUCCUCUUCAGCCAGUCUCUGACGGUAAACAGACUUUAUAUCUGCUGCUUCAUCUUAUCACUCGUACACCGUUGA